UCCUGGUUUCUUAACAUAAACAAGUGACAAACCUUAGUCUCGUUGAGAGCCACUCUCAGAGUCUCAGUACUCACUGCGCCGUCUUUCAGCCAUUACAGAGCCCAAGUCUCUCUGCUGGUUUCUCCCAUCCCCUUCUUCGUAGAGGCUUCAAUUGAUUGGAUUCUACAUAAUGGCUGCUUCAUCAUCACUGUUUUCAUGUUCUAUCCAAGGAGCAAUGCCGUUUCAGAAGACAGACUAUAAACAGUUUCAGUGCAAUUAUUCAGACUUUGGCUUUAAGCAAUUCACUCGCUUCAACUCAAUGCAUCUAAAACAUCCAAGGUUGUUUCCCAAUGAGAAAUUCUCACAAAGUGGGACUUUGUGUCGUGCACUGAAAAUUGAAAAUUUACCUACCUUUCCGCUGGGGAAGAAGUUUCAACUUGAAGAUGUAAUUGAAGCUCAACAAUUUGAUAGAGAUAUCUUGAGUGCUAUAUUUGAUGUUGCACGUGAUAUGGAGAAGAUUGAAAAAAGAUCACCAGGAAGCCAAAUUCUUAAGGGAUAUCUCAUGGCUACUCUCUUUUAUGAACCCUCAACUAGAACUAGGCUGUCCUUUGAGUCUGCCAUGAAACGAUUAGGUGGAGAAGUUUUGACUACUGAAAAUGCGAGGGAGUUUUCUUCAGCAGCUAAAGGAGAAACGCUUGAAGAUAGCAUAAGAACUGUUGAGGGUUACUCGGAUAUAAUUGUGAUGCGUCACUUUGAGAGUGGUGCAGCCAAGAGAGCAGCAGCAACUGCUGGCAUUCCUGUAAUUAAUGCAGGAGAUGGUCCUGGACAACACCCAACUCAGGCCCUAUUGGAUGUCUAUACAAUUGAAAGAGAAAUAGGAAAGCUCGAUGGCAUAAAAGUCGCACUUGUUGGAGAUCUUGCCAAUGGCAGGACAGUACGUUCUCUCGCAUACUUGCUUGCCAGAUAUGAUGAUGUUAAGAUCUACUUUGUCUCUCCUGAUGCAGUGAAAAUGAAGAAUGAUAUAAAAGACUAUUUAACGUCAAGAAAAGUUGAGUGGGAAGAAAGUGCUGAUUUGAUGGAAGUUGCAUCUAAGUGUGAUAUUCUUUAUCAAACUCGUAUUCAGCGAGAGCGGUUUGGAGAAAGAAUCGACCUCUAUGAAGCAGCUCGAGGGAAGUACAUUGUAGACCGUCGUGUGUUAGAGGUGAUGCAGAAGCAUGCUGUGGUCAUGCACCCACUGCCUAGACUUGAUGAGAUUACUGCGGAUGUUGAUGGGGAUCCAAGAGCUGCCUAUUUUAGACAGGCAAAGAAUGGCCUAUAUAUUAGGAUGGCUCUAUUGAAACUCCUACUUGUAGGCUGGUGAGGGAUGCAUCUAUAUUAUCUGUUAUUUUGGAACUUCUGGUUACAAAACCAUAGGCUGGAUGGAAGAAUUCUUUUCCAAUUUAGAAGUUUCAAUUUGUUUUCCUUGGUUAUUCUGGAUAAGUUUUGACUAGAAAAUUUCAUUUCCUGUU